CAGCCCCUCCCUUCCUGCCCCCAACCCCCAGUGGGCCCACAGCCAACCAGGUUCUUUGUUUUUUCAGGUAUGGCAUUCUGGUGGACCCCAUCCAGGUCAUCUCCCUGUUUCUGAAGGACCCCUAUAGCUGGCCAGCUCCAUGCCUUAUUAUUGGGGCCAACGGCUUUGCCCUGGUGACCCUCCACGUAGAGAAGAAGCUUGCAACGGGCUCCUUAUCGGAGCAAAGCGGGACGGUCCUGCACACUUUCAACCUCCUGAUGGUGUUAUGCUUCCCUGCCCUGGUGGUGCUGGCUGUCACCUCCGUCACUCCAGCCGGGGCCAUCUUUGCCCUCUCGGUCCACACCGUCCUCUUCCUCAAGCUCUUCUCCUUCAGGGACGUCAACAAGUGGUGUCGCGAGAAGAAGUCUGCAAAAGCCGCCCGAGGACCCCCAGCUUCGAGGCCACAGAAGGCCAACGGGAACGCGGUUCCACAAGAGGUGACCUAUCCAGACAACCUGAGUUACAAAGACCUGUACUACUUCCUGCUGGCUCCGACUCUGUGCUACGAGCUGAACUUCCCUCGUUCCCCUCGGAUCCGGAAGCGCUUCCUCCUGCGGAGGCUCUUCGAGAUGCUCUUCUUCCUGCAGCUGCUGGUGGGGCUGAUUCAGCAGGUAAGCGGGGUGAUCUGGGCCAUCGAGAGAGGGGGAGCCCCCUGGGGCAGGUUCGCCUCUCAUGAGGAUAUCCGGCUCUUCCCGAAGCAGGAGAUUUCUG